AUGCUCGCUUCGGACGACUUUGUGCUGACCGACUACUGUCACGUCUUUGCAAAGGUCUACGAGCUGAUAGGCUCUCGCUGGGUCGACCAGGGCACCGCAUAUUGCCAUGGCCAAUUCAUCGAGGAGACCAACCAAGCGUUCCUCAUUGCCCGCGCCGAGGAGGAGUACGAGAGGACGAUCCUGUCCACCGCCAUUCGAUGUAAUGAUGUAUACCAGAGGCAGCAGGAUACUCUCAUCGUCUGGACAGAGCCCGAUGGCGUCGACUACGCAUUAAGCUUCCAGGAUGCCGAGGGUUGCGCAGAGGUCUGGAACUUCAUAAUAGAAGUCCAGCACCACAUCAAUUCCUCCGGCGGUUUUGACUCUUCCUCCCCUAACCACGAUUCCACGAUGACCGCGACUAUUCUUCGCACCGGCCAUUUACCCAUGCCUGAAUUGGGAAACGUUGCGGACAUCGAGCGUUCCAUAAAGGCUCUCGCUCGAGGACAGCACGUCAAGGAGAAGAUAUGCGACUACAUACAGCGUCAGGAUUAUAUUAAAGCCAUGAUCAACGUUCUCAAUGUAGCAGAGGAUUUAGAGUCUCUGGAUAAUCUGCAUGCACUUUGUAGCCUUAUGCAAACAAUACUAAUGUUAAAUGACCAUGGCAUGUACGAACACAUUCUCGACGACGACAAGUUCUUCGGAGUUGUAGGCAUGUUAGAAUACGACCCCGAGUUCCCCACACACAAAGCCAACUACCGCGAGUUCCUGCACCUCACCUCGCGCUUCCACCAGCCGAUCCCGAUCCCGGACGAGUCGAUCCAGAAGAAGGUGCACAACACGUACAGGCUGCAGUUCCUCAAGGACGUCGUGCUCGCGCGCGCGCUGGACGACUCGACGUUCAACGUGCUCAACUCGUGCAUCAUCUUCAACCAGAUCGACAUCAUCACGCACGUGCAGAACGAUCCGAUGUUCAUGCGCGAGAUCGUCAGCUUGUAUGACGUGGCGCUGCGGCGCGAGGUUGUGGUGCUGAUCCAGCAGCUGUGCGCGAUGGGCAAGAACGUGCAGCUGCCCGCGCGCAUGGCGCUCUUCCGGACGCUCGUCGACUGUGGUGUUCUGUUUGCGGUGCAGUGGGCGCUCGGUCUCGUCAACAUGGCAGAGGCGAACCUGGUGAUGAUCAGCACGGCGGGGGAAGUGCUCAGCGCGGUGCUCGAGCACGAUCUCGUCGGCGUGCGGAACCACGUACUGAAGCAGGUGCAGGCGGUCGAGAAGGAGAAGCAGGCCGGCCGGAAGGGCGCGGACAAGGCGGAGACGCUGCUCGCGCUCAUGUGCCGUGUGCUCGCGGGCAGCCGGGAGCUGGCGGUGCAGAGCCAGGUCGGGGACGCGCUCCGGACGCUGCUGGAGAUAUCGGUGGGGAACGGGCCUGAGACGCCGGUGAGUACCCGCCCUCUUUGA